GGGCGAGGGCAAUGAGCUCCACAUAUUAAUAUUUAAAAAACUUGGAUCUCCAAAACCUCCAAUGGCUGUUUCUCACUCUUCACUCCUUCCCAUCCACUCUCUCACUUCAUCCCCAACUCUCCUCCGUUCAUCCAUCGCCUCCCUUUCCUCAUCCUCUAUAAUUCUUCCACCAAACCCAGAAUUCCCCUUCUUCUCAUCAUUAUGCCCUCCCAAGUUUCAUCACCUCUUACACUUCCCCAUAAAUCAUCACCACCACCAUCCCACCUUGCUCUUCACUGCAUUAGACUCUCCCCCUGUUGACACCCAAACUUUCCUUGCCACCAUUACUGUUAUAGCUGCCAUUUCUCUUUCUCUCGUUUUGGGUCUCAAGGGGGAUCCAGUUCCUUGUGACAAGUGUGCUGGCAAUGGUAAUUCUUGGUUCAAUUUCUUGGUGGUACAAAAUGUGUGUUCUGCAAUGAUGGUAAAAUGAAGAUGGAAAAAGGAUUGGUUGAUUGCAAGGUUUGCAAGGGUGCAGGUAUCUUUCAACACUUUAAUGGAUUGAAGCAUUCUUUCUAUUUUGGCAUUUCAAUUUCAAUUUGAUGCCCAAAUUUGCAUUUGCAGGAUUAAUACUCUGCAAGAAAUGCAGUGGCUCUGGAUAUUCAAGAAGGCUAUGACAACAUAUUCUCAAGAUUCCCAGAUUUUUCCAAUGUUUGAUGAUGAUUUUGUGAGGCCAAUUCAACCAUGCUAUCUGAACAACACAAGAACAAGAGUGUAAUUAAGUUGUCUCAUGAUAUUAAGAUGCAAUUCAAUUAAAAUGUUUUUAUUUUCCUGAGAAAUUUGCAAAAUAAUAAGGUAUUUCAUCACUCA